AUGGAACCUCUAUGUGAGUUUUGUGGGGUUGUAAGAGCUGUGGUUUACUGCAAAUCAGAUUCUGCUCGUCUCUGCUUGCAUUGCGAUGGUUGUGUACACAAUGCUAAUGCUUUGUCCCGUAGGCAUUCACGUUCUCUCCUCUGUGAUAAGUGUAAUUCCCAGCCAGCAAUUGUCCGUUACAUGGAUCAUAAAUUGUCUAUAUGUCAAGGUUGUGACUGGAAUCCAAAUGAAUGUUCAGUAUUGGCACAUAGGCGUGUGGCAUUGAAUUGUUAUACUGGCUGUCCCUCUUUGGCUGAAUUUUCUAGGAUUUGGUCCUUUGUGUUUGAUGCUAAUUCCUCAUGUGGUGGUUGGGAAUCACUUAGUACAUUGCCUAAAAAUGAGAGCUGCACUAGCAAGUGUCUGGAGCAACCUGAUAAUGACGGUUCCUUAGGUUUGGCUAAUGACAAGUUGGAUGAAAUAGAAUCAUGUGUCAGAUAUGAACCUUGGAUGGGGCAAUCUCCCAUGAUUCCACCAUCAACUCCAAGUUACAUGCCGUACUGCAAAGAUCAAGCAUUUUUCUUUCUUCAAGACUCAAAUCAGCCAAAGGGAUGUCCUAAUAUCAAGGAUUUAGGAAUUCAUGAUGCAAAUGGUCUCUGUGAAGGUCUCAAUGUGGAUGAUGUUCACUUAAACUUUGAAAAUGCUGAUGAAAUAUUUGACUGCUCUCAAGGUACCACAAGAUACAACCUUGAAGAUGGAGGAAUGGACUGUCUAUUAAUGGAUAAAAACAUAUCAGUCACAGAAUCUAAUGGUCUUAUUGAGAGUGCCAUGGAGGUUUUUCCUAAAAUUCAAUUUAUUAUUCUCCUUUCUAAAACUCCUUAUGGAUAUAAGGCAUCAUCAUCAGUCCAUCAAGAUUGUGUGGCUUUUCAGUCAUCUGGGGCUGGUGGGUCAGCUAGUGUGAUGCAGGCCAUCAACAGUAAUGCAAAUUGUGCACUUAUGAAUCCUAGCUUCAACAGAAACAUCAAUCUUGGAUUUCAUCAGGGUCAAAUGCAUUCAAGCUUAUCAAUUCAAUUAUCCAACAUUACUGGUGAAAAUGGUGCUACUGAAUAUCAAGACUGUGGUUUAUCAUCAAUGUUUCUGCCAGGUGAAACUCCCUGGGAACCAAAUUUGGACGGUACAUGCCCACAAGCAAGGGAUAAAGCUAAAAUGAGAUACAAAGAGAAAAAGAAAACUCGAACGUUUGGUAAGCAAAUAAGAUAUGCAUCUCGCAAAGCAAGGGCUGAUACAAGAAAACGUGUGAAAGGCAGAUUUGUUAAAGCAGGUGAAGCAUAUGAUUAUGAUCCUCUUGUGACAAGAGACAUCUAA